AUGCCCCGAACUCCAACUUCCAAAUCCGAAAAAGAAACUAAGCCAUACGAUCAACCCCCUUCUCCUACUUCCCCAUCUCCGAGAAAAAGGAAACCUAUCCUAGGCAAGACCUGGACUCCUGAGGAGAAGGUGAAAUUGCUUGAAGUGGCUUUGAAAACUGGAGGGAAAGCAAACGGGUUUGAAGGGCAGAUAGAAGGUAGAACGGGUCACCAAUGUUAUCAAACUUGGCAAAAUAGAAUCGGUGAAUCGGAAUGGAAUCUACGAAAGACGCGAGAGAGAGAGGCAGAAGGAGAGAAACAUGGGAUAAAUGUCAACGAAGGAGAACAUGGCUGA